UGUUUGCAGGGAUUACAAUGGUUGACACAGAAAUGCCGUUUUGGCCCAUGAAUUUUGGAAUCAGCCCUGUGGAUCUGUCAGCCAUGGAUGAUCACACACAUUCCUUUGACAUCAAGCCCUUCACCACCGUUGACUUCUCGAGCAUUUCCUCCCCACACUAUGAAGAUCUUCCUCUUGCCAGAGCUGACCAGUCAGGCCUGGAUUAUAAAUAUGAUAUCAAGCUCCAGGACUGCCAAAGUGCCAUCAAGAUGGAGCCUCCUUCCCCACCCUAUUUCUCAGAAAAGGUUCAGUUGUACAACAAACCUCACGAGGAGGCGUCCAACUCGCUGAUGGCCAUCGAGUGCCGCGUGUGCGGGGACAAAGCCUCCGGCUUCCACUACGGGGUGCACGCCUGCGAGGGCUGCAAGGGCUUUUUUCGAAGAACAAUCAGGUUAAAGCUCAUUUACGAUCGGUGUGAUCUGAACUGCCGGAUCCAUAAGAAGAGCAGGAAUAAAUGUCAGUACUGCAGGUUCCAGAAGUGCCUGGCUGUGGGAAUGUCCCACAAUGCCAUCAGGUUCGGGCGGAUGCCGCAGGCGGAGAAGGAGAAGCUGCUGGCAGAGAUCUCCAGCGACAUCGACCAGUUAAACCCCGAAUCCGCCGACCUGCGGGCGCUGGCCAAGCACCUGUACGACUCCUACAUCAAGUCCUUCCCUCUGACCAAAGCCAAGGCGAGGGCCAUCCUGACAGGAAAGACGACAGACAAAUCACCCUUCGUUAUUUAUGACAUGAACUCUUUAAUGAUGGGAGAAGACCAGAUCAAGUGCAAGCACGUGUCCCCCCUGCAGGAGGAGAACAAGGAGGUGGCCAUCCGCAUCUUCCAGCGCUGCCAGUUCCGCUCCGUGGAGGCCGUGCAGGAAAUCACCGAGUUCGCCAAGAACAUCCCGGGCUUUGUCAACCUCGACCUGAACGACCAAGUGACUCUGCUGAAGUAUGGGGUCCACGAGAUCAUUUAUACCCUGCUGGCUUCUCUGAUGAACAAAGAUGGGGUUCUCAUAUCCGACGGACAAGGGUUCAUGACGCGGGAGUUCCUGAAGAGUCUGAGGAAACCUUUUUGUGACUUUAUGGAGCCCAAGUUUGAGUUUGCUGUGAAGUUCAAUGCACUGGAAUUAGAUGACAGUGACCUGGCAAUAUUUAUAGCUGUCAUUAUCCUAAGUGGAGACCGCCCGGGGUUGUUAAAUGUGAAGCCAAUUGAAGACAUUCAGGACAACCUUUUGCAAGCCCUGGAGCUGCAGCUGAAGCUGAACCACCCCGAGUCCUCACAGCUGUUUGCAAAGCUGCUGCAGAAAAUGACGGACCUCAGGCAGAUCGUCACGGAGCACGUGCAGCUCCUGCAGGUCAUCAAGAAAACCGAGACAGACAUGAGCCUCCAUCCACUGCUACAAGAGAUCUACAAGGACUUGUAUUAAUGAGCAGAGCAGUUCUUAAUCCCCUGACAUAAUGUAUGUUUUUCAGAUUGCACUAUUUCUUCGAGGGAAAAACUUGGCGUACCUAAGAAAUUACUGUGAAACAGCAUCUAAAAAGAGAGAGCUUAGUAUAGUAGAUCUAUUUUAUGCAUAUUGUUUAUAAAGACACAUUUACAAUUUACUUUUAAUAUUAAAAGUAUCUAUAUCAUGAAAUUGUUGGCAGUAUUUUCAGAAUUAAUUUUUUAACUACGUUAUUUCUUAAAAUUGCUUGUCCGAGUAUGAUCGAUGCUUCACCCAAGCAUGCAGUUAAAUUUUCAGCUAAAUAAAAACCUUUCUCCUUGAACAUUUCCAGGGAAAUGUUUGAAGUAUUAACGUUCGAUUUUGUGCUCCCGAGGCGGCAGCAAAACAAAAUUCAGUCACAGAUUAGUGUAACUUCCCAGGAGAGUUUCAAAGGGAGAAGUGUCAGGUCUGAAAAUAUUCGUGCCUUCCAUGAUAAGAUGUGACACUGACAGAGCUCUGCAAAGGGGGCUCGGUGAAAGGAGAAAUGGGGCCGCUCAUUUGUGGGCAAAGUGAAAAAUUAGAUGCCAUUUCAAGAAUUAAUUAAGGGAGGAAUAUGCAAGAGUCCUUUUGAUUCCUCUGCUCGACCAAGUUUGAGACAGCUGGAGCAGCAGCUACUCCAAUUCCCACCCCACGGCAGCCAGAGCUGAGCUGGAAUAGGUUGGUCCAAACCUCUUGGCCUGAGACCUUCCCCAGUUAUUUGAUAAAUUGCCAUUGAACAACAGUCAAAAUAUCAUGGAAAAAUUGCAGUGUUGUAACAAAUUAACUCCUAAACAAAAGCAAGGUUUGGAUGGAUUCUUGUGCAGAGAUAAAGCUGGGAUGGAAACCCUGAUCCCUGAGUUCCACUUGAGCUCUGGAUGUUCACCCAAGGAUGCUGGGAGAUGUUCCUGCUCUUGAGGUCACUGGUUCUCUUGCAUGUGUGCCCUAUAAUGUCACCUAAGAGUUCCACAGGGAGCAGAGCACAGCAGAGUGAACAAAUUUAACAGAAGAUGAAUUCCCUAACAAUGUCAUUUUGGGGUAUUCUUGGUACCGAGGUGAGAGAUUCACAUUUCACCCCCUCAUAUUUGAUAGUCUGUGAAUGUGACCCCUGACUAGAUCAAGCAGGGGGGACCCACAGGGGUGGACCAGAAGAGGAAAUACUGGGGGAAAAGUACUAUUUGUGACAUAUAUAUCAAAAUAAGGAGAGGUCCCCAACAUCCUUGGUUCCCUCCCCAUGUCUUAUUUUAUUUAUGUAGCAAAAAAUGUGCCUUAAACUGAGACAAGGGGAGUGCUGAUUCCCAGUUGGACAAAGAGGUGAUGUAGGUGUGAGGAGGAUCUUCAGGGAGUAGAAAUUGGCUUUGCUCCUAAUGUAGCCCUUGAAACUCUUAAGUCGAUGCAAAUUAUGCAAUAAAGAAGCUGACAGAGGUAAAGAUUAAAAAUAAUCCAUCAGCUCAUGCCUUCUACACCUGGAAACGUUUCCUACCGCUCAUUCCAGGUAACCUCUGGGCCUGAGGUCAGUAGUGAGCGUGAUUCCCACCAGGAAGUUUGGGGAAUUGGAUCAUUCAGCCUGCAGGUUUAGAGCCCACAGGUGGAAUUGCGCUGAGAUGAAGUCACUGCGAGGCUGGAGAGAGCAGCUUUGAUCCUGCCAGGUUUGCAGUGAGGUCAUUUCAGGUAGCUCAGAAAGGAUGGCCCUGGAGCAAACACAGGAUUGCAGCUCAUGCUCAGCACUGCAGCUUUGCUGCACAUUCCAGGUGCUUCCAGCUGAGCGUGGCACGGGCAGGAAUCGCAUUCACACUUUCAUGGCUGGUACAGUGCAAAAGAAAAUAUUCUCUCUCCCAUUUAAGUUGUUUUCCACUGUUCAUUUGACCAUCCCUUAGUGGGAGAAUCCUGCAGAGCUCACCCCGGCCGUGGAGGAUGGGCCAGAGAUGAGCUGGCACUGGGAUGGACCCCAGCUCCAACACUGAAUUCCUGUAACAGCAACACCCAGCAAGAACCACAAAUCUGAGCCUGCAUUUCUUUAGCAAUCCAAUUUCCCACUGGCUUCCCUUGAAAUGGAAGUCCAGAAGUAGUUUCUAAUGAAAAGGAAUUCUAGGGCAUGUCCUUACAGAAGUAAUAUUCAAAAUUAUUUGAAAAUGAGUGGCAGAGAUGCUCUGACAGGGAAAUGGAGUCCAGGGCUUUGUUACAAAGUACUGAAAAAGAAUCUGUGUAACCCAGCAGCACAUUAACCAAAGAGCUUCAUCCCACUCCUGCAAGGGGCAAGAUUUCUGAAACUGUCUAUGCAGCAGUGACAGUGUCUAAACCACUCAGUCCAAAAAUCCCUAUAUUUUGAGAGUGGUAAUGUAAUCAUAAUCAGAAGAGCUUUGCAGGAAUGGGUGUUAUCCUUUAUGAGGAUGAAGGCACCAAAUGCCCAAAAGCCUCUACUUUUCUUUCAACUGUAUCAGCUGCUCUAAUAAAAUAUAUUGUUCUCCCUACACCCUGUCUUCUCUCACAUAUCGAUAUUAUUCACCAUGUUUUCCUCAAGCCAUGCAAAGUGUUAAUUUUUUAUGUGAGUUACUAAUCACUGACAUGUUCUGAUUCUAAGCGGUUACAUCAUGGUUAAGAAGUUUUGCCUGAAAUACUUUUCUACAAGAAUAGGUCUUAAGGGAAAAAUGUUCAUUUAAUGGACAAUUGCUAUGUACUAAUUUAGAACAAAUGACUGUUAUGAGGAUAUGAAAACAUUUUCUCAAAAAAUAGCAUUUUCUCUUGUGAAUUAUAUUCAGAAUUUUGAUCUAAUUGUAAAUACUUUCUGUUUCUAUGGGACUUUAUUUAUUAAAAACAAAAACUUGCUAAUGGGAGUUCA